AUGCCUCCUCACGGACAGCCUCAAGACGGAGGGCGCCCGAACACCCAGAUGACGCCCGGACAGCAGCAGCAGCAGGGAGGGAGGACCCCACAGGCAGACCAGUUCUCUAACCGCCCCCCUUCGGGCUUUGGCGCGCCCCCGACCCACCAGCCUCCCACGCACCAACCCCCUACUCACCAGCCGCCUGGCUUUGGCGCCACGCCCCCCUCCACGGCGUCACGAAAUGGCCCGCCUAGCUUCGGGGCACCGCCAUCGUCCGCACCGCCGCAGGUCGGCGGGGGCGGUGCGCCCCCGCAGUCCCCGCAGUUCCCUACCCAGCAGAACCAGGGAUUUUCCACUCAGCAGCAGGUCGGUGGACAGCAGCCCAGUCAGGCGAACCAGCAAGGCUUCGUACGGGUAGCGGCGCCCGGCCCUGCCGGCGGCCCCGCGGGAGCACCCCAGUUCGUCCCUCAGCAGCAACAACAACACCAGCAUCCCCAGUUCCCCCCUCAGCAGCAGCCACCGCAGCAGCAGCCAAGUUCCGCGGCGAGCGCCCCGCAGCAGCCUCCCGUGCAGCCGCAGCCAGGGCAUCAGCUCAUGACGGCACCGGGGCAGUACACCGGCGGUGCCCAGUACGGCGCUCAGCCUGCUGCGGCGACGUCGUCGACGCCGAAACCUCAGGUUCUUGGGGUGACACAAGCACCGGCACCGUUUGGCCAGUACCCGCCACAAUCCCAGGCGCCGACCCCCGCUCCGGCUCCAACGCCGGCACCGGCUCCCACCUCGGCACCGGCACCGUCGCCGGCCCCAGCUCCUACGCCUGCAGCACCAGCAACUCCAGCGUUGCCUCCCGGCUGGCAAGCUGUCCCAGACAAGAGCAGCGGGGAUACCUACUACUGGAACAAGGCCACGGGUCAAACAACGUGGGACUUCCCCACCAAGUAGAGGCAGGAAGCUUGGUGGAACGGGGGGGGGGGUUGUGCGGUUUUGGUUUUGCACAGCAUUUUCUGUAGCAUUUUCUGUAGCAUUUUCUGUAGCGGGGAUCGAAAUGUGAAUUUUUCCACGGCUGAUUGUCACAUGUCCUCGUGAUUGUGAUGUCCGCUGCACCACCACCGCGCCCUUAACGUGGAGAUGGUGUAUGGAGUGCGAUUCCUUUCGAGAGACGGGAUAAAGAUCACGCGUGUGGCCGUGCGCGGGAUGGUGGUUCCACCUUUGCGACACAUGCUCCGCAUGCUUGUAUUUCGUCGGUUUCGACGCUGGGUGGUGUUCACCGGGGUUGGAAAGGGGGUUGCUCGUUUGGGCAGAUAUUCAUAGUGCACCUGUGACUUGCAUCGUCGUUGUUCUCCAGGGAAUGGGAACUGUCGAAUUUGUUUUGCGUAUUCUUUUAAGGCAAUCAAAUAGGAGAAGCAUCGUGAACGCGUUUGUUUGUUGAUGUGCGGUGUGCGGUGUGCAUGACGUGUUUGCCUGUGCGUGCACAUGUGCUCUUUCAACGAGAACGCAACUCCUUCUCUGCUGGAUUUGCAUGACACACAACGCAGCAGUUGAGGACUACUUGGUUCCUGGGUACCGAACGCCAAGGGCUUGUGUUGCGCGCUCACACCGCCGCAGCAAUCGUUCAAAGCACAAGCAGGGAGGAUUGCUUGACAACGUGGGGUUGGUACGCGGAAUGCUAGCUAGGAUAUGGGUGGAAUCCACCGCUUGGAAACAAGCCCAGGUCAGUGCAGAGUAAUGAAAGCAAGGAGGACGAGGUCCACGGGAGAUCUUCCACAAGUUGCCGGGGUAUGGUUUAAGCUCGGAAUGAACUAAAACUUUUUUAA